UAAUUUGGUAAGUGACCCAGGUAUGAUGACAUGAUGUUUGAUAUUUGUUUAGAUGGAGUUGAAUUCAGAUAAACAGAUCCAUGACAGGGUCAGUUCAUUUGAUGGCAAAUGUCGGGAGAUCGAACUGGAAAGCAUUGCCAAUGUCCAUGAUAGUGGACUGGACUACUCCCUUGUGUUUCAGAAUCCUGGUAUCUGUGUAGGAAGGUGAUACUACAUCUACUACGGUUUGGUAUUAAUUGUGAAUGAAAGGCAAAUUAUUUACCAAUUUCUUCAGUGGACUGGACAACUCCCUUGUGUUUCAGAAUCCUGGUAUCUGUGUAGGAAGGUGAUACCACAUCUGCUACGGUUUGGUAUUAAUUGUGAAUGAAAGGCAAAUUAUUUACCAAUUUCUUCAGAGGUAUGCCCUCUGGUCAAUUUGAUCUCUUUGCACUUGUGAUUUAGUGAUGAUGAUGAGUUCCAUUAGGAUUAGUAUAAGAAUUCUUGCUUGUGUUGCUGAGAUAAACCCUUUUGAGUUUGCUAAAUGAAGAAUGGGUUUGAUGAUCUGAUUAAGAUGUCUGAGGAAUUAUCGGGGACGGAGAGCUUUGAAUUCUUUAGAGUAAUAUUGGUUUUAUUAAAGACCAUGGCUUGCAAUGCAAUCGAUCUGCAAUACUAUACUGCAAUGGUAAAUGGUACAUUUGUCCUGUGAGCUGUUGAUGUUGAUGUAAUAUGCACAGUAAUCUGCUUAGUGCUCACAUCUUAUUCCGCAGGAAAAUAAGAAGGAUGCUUGAAAAGGAUGCCAAGAGGAAACAAAGUUCUCUUGGUAACUAACCAUAUCCAGCUUCUGUUGCAAAUAUUAUUGGGGCAUCUCCAUAUCUGAUCUUAAAUAACACACUCAUGCAAGAAGGCUAUACCCGAAAAUGUGGAUGACAAUGAAAUGGGUCAAGCCACCAAGUCGGCAAAUGGUGCAUUCUGAUAAUCUCAUGAAUCUGGAUCAUCAAGAAAUUGUUCCGACAACGAUGAAAUAUAAUCGCUCUCAUCAAUGGUUUGGGCUCAGUCAGGUUUCAGGACUGAAGCUGUGGUGGCUGAUGAGACGCUGCCUUCUUUUAAUUGAUUAAUGAACAUUCUUCAAUACUGUUGUCUUCCGAUUCUUUAAGGGCAUAGCAUGGAUGACACUAUUACUGCUUUUAAUCGAGAGGUAGCACCUUAAACAGAAGACGUCUUAGUGGAGAGCCUCAAGAUUCGUAUGAUGAGCAAGAGAAAUGGGUUUAUGAUUCUUCUGUGGAUAGCAAAGGGAAGGUUCCUCUUAGGGCUAGAACUGGUGCUUGGAAAGCUGCACUCUUCAUCAUCGCGAUCGAGUUCAGUGAAAGGCUGAGUUACUUUGGAAUCGCCACUAACCUGAUGGUCUACCUGACCACAGUUCUUCACCAAGAUCUCAAAAUGGCUGUAAAGAAUGCAAACUACUGGUCUGGUGUCACAACAUUGAUGCCACUUCUCGGUGGCUUCGUGGCCGAUGCUUAUCUUGGCCGAUACCUUACCGUCCUAUUUUCAGUCGUCAUUUACCUCAUGGGUUUGAUCUUGUUAACAAUGUCCUGGUUUAUCCCUGGCUUGAAACCUUGCGCGUCAAAAAUGUGCAUCGAACCAAGAAAAGCGCACGAAAUAGCGUUUUUCGUUGCCAUAUACUUGGUCUCGAUAGGGACGGGAGGUCACAAGCCAUCGCUCGAGAGCUUCGGAGCCGACCAGUUCGACGAUGACCAUGCCCAGGAAAGAAAGAAAAAGACGUCUUACUUCAACUGGUGGAACUCUGGCUUAUGUGCUGGUAUUCUUACAGCCGUGACUGUCGUCGUCUACGUGGAAGAUCGUGUCGGAUGGGGAGUUGCCGGUAUCAUACUCACCUUAGUCAUGGCCUUUUCGCUACUCAUAUUCCUCGCAGGAAGACCGUUCUACCGUUUCCGAGCACCUUCGGGUAGCCCGUUAACCCCAAUGUUACAAGUUCUCGUAGCGGCUAUCGCCAAACGAAAUCUGCCUUACCCUUCUGAUUCUUCUCGGCUUCAUGAAGUAUCCAAGGCAGAGUAUGCCAAAGGCAGACUUCUCUGUCACACCAAGAACCUCCAGUUUUUCGACAAAGCGGCUAUAAUCGAGGACAGAGAAGGAAACGGAAAUUGUUUUCCUCUGGAGAAGCAGAGUCCAUGGAGACUAGCGACGGUGACGAAAGUCGAGGAGGUGAAGCUCAUCAUCAAUAUGAUUCCGAUCUGGCUCUCCACGCUGGCCUUCGGGAUCUGCGCCGCUCAAACCACGACAUUCUUCAUCAAACAAGCUAUUGUUCUCGACAGACGCAUCAUCGGCCACAGCUUCAUAGUUCCUCCGGCCUCCAUGCUCUGCCUCACCGCCCUUGCCAUGAUCAUCUCCGUCACCAUCUACGAGAAAAUCCUCGUGCCCAUGUUAAGACGGAUCACAGGGAACGCAAGGGGAAUCAGUAUUCUCCAGAGGGUUGGAACCGGUAUGAUCUUUUCGCUCAUCACUAUGAUCAUCGCAGCUCUGGUCGAGAAGAAACGGCUCGACACCACGGCUCGGGGAUCCGUCCCGAUGAGCGCGAUCUGGUUAGCUCCGCAGUUCAUAGUAAUCGGCGUCGCGGAUUCGUACACGCUCGUCGGUCUCCAGGAGUUUUUCUACGAUCAAGUUCCAGAUUUAAUGAGAAGCUUGGGAAUAGCGUUCUACCUCAGCGUGAUAGGCGCAGCCAGUUUCGCCAAUAACCUUCUGAUCACCGUCGUUGAUCAUCUCGGGGAGGAUAUUUCGGGUAAGAGCUGGUUCGGUAAGGACCUUAACGGGAGUCGCCUGGACCGAUUCUAUUGGCUACUCGCCGGCCUCACCGCCGCUAAUAUAUUCGUCUUCGCUGCCUUGGCGAGUCGGUACUCUUACAAAAACGUCCAGCAGAAUAUGGUCAUUGUCGAUUCGUACGGCCGAGAUGAUGUCGAGGCCAAGGCCGAGGCCGCAGCGUCCAUGGAGAGGUUAGAUAAUUCGAGAGGUUUAUAUUUGAUGUAAGUUUAAUGUAAAAAAUUUCAGUAAUUUUUAAUUAAAAGCUUUUUUUACCUAUUUUGUUAUGCUUAAGUUUUCAUAUAUCGAUUUUGGGACAUCGAGGUCAUGUUAUACCCGAGUUUUGUCGAUGAUAAUCUUGUGAGGAGUAUGUGUAAUUUUAUAAUUCACAUAAUUAAAUUGUAGUUUUAUA